AUGCGGUACCGCCUUACAUAUAAAGGAUUUGUCGUCUUGGUUAUAUUGAACAUUAUUUGCGGUGCAAUAUACAUGAACUAUAGCUUUUCAGAGCUAGAACAUAAUUACUACCAGAAGUUUACAAUUUGUCACAAUUCGUCAGUGAUCGAAUCUGCACCCUGGUUACUACCGAAAGACAAAUUGUUGUUCCCAUAUCAUGGCCUGGAGAAUAAUUUAGACGAACUAUUGAACGUGAUGACGUCUUGUGAUCGUGAAAAGAAGAUAGUCAUACUACAUUUCAGCGCUCGAUGGCAAAAUAUAUGUCAAAACAAUAUUUAUACUCUUCUUCGAUUUGCUAGAGUUCGAAACUAUAUCGUUGAAGCUAUUGGCGAAAAAUCAUUACGAGUAUGUAUUGAACUGAAUCUACCCUGUUUCAACGGUGCGUCUUAUUUGAAGAAAUUUAAAAAUUUCAAUCCUGACAAAGAAGCUUUGUUUCAGGACGCUAACUUUUAUGUUACCGGGUGGCAUCGAGUACAAUAA